AAACCUCCUACGCGCGCGCGGUCGCCGCGGCCGGCGGAAGCUACCAAGGCCAACACCGGCACGUACCAAGACAACCCCGAUGGACCUAUUCGUCUUCCCCGCCCGGCGUAUAUUACACCCUGCGUAGUACGUGCGCAGCUCGCUCGCUCGCGCCUCCCCAACUUUCCCGCCGAACCACGCCACCGCUAGCUUCGCCCGUCAUCUCUCCUGAAACCCCGGCCGCCCCACGACACGCGAGCCGGGCAAGCAAGCAAAGCGCCCGACGAUCGGAUGGUGUUCAGCAGCGCGUGGCUGGCGGCGGCGGCGCGGGUGCCGGCGGAGCUGUGCCAGGGCGCGCCGCGGCCGGGGCAGCGGCGGCGGCUGCGGGCCGACGAGGUCCUGCGCGCGCUGUUCGCGCCGCCCGCGCACGAGCUCGAGCGCCUCGCCGGCUGCCUCUACCUCUUCUUCUGCAUGCCGCUGCCGGACCCGGACGAGUACUACUACGUGCCGGCGUCCGGGCGCGGCGGCGCCUGGGUGGCGCGGCGGCCCGGAGUGCUCUACACCUACCGCCGGUCCCUCUCGGUGUCCUCCUCGUCCGACGACGACGACGAGGGGCUGUAUUACUCGGACGCCUAGGAAAGGAAGAUCCACGAUGUGCAUAGAUAGCAAGGAUCGUGUCGUGCUCGUAUUAGCUACUAGGCGUACGUGUGGGUGUUUCUUUUGUCCGUUCCAUUCUUCAUACGUGCUGUAGCACCGUACAUAUUUUGCUUUCAGCGAGAAAAUCAAGACGAUUUUUCUCACUGAAUCAUUUCAAUUCUUUGUAUAUA